CGGAUGCUGUCCCAGCAGCUCAUCCUCCCACAUACUCAGGAGCCGGCUGCUCUACCCUCUCCUGGUCGCAGCUCCGGAUCCGGACGGCCCGGCCCGUCAUGGUGCAGAGCCGGAAACCUGCUCCUCCGGUCGGAUAAAAACCGAGAACUGCCCCCCCUCGCUGUUUGGGAACCAGGGAACCCGGCGAUGAAUUAAACCUUUCCGUUUCCGUGCAGCUCUGAGGUGCAGGAGGAUACCCCACCCUCAGCCUUCUUGUUUGUUUGUUUUUGUUUGUUUUGGAGGCGCAAACAGCUGCAGCAGCCAUGGUGGACGCAGCGGAGUGCGGGGUGAAGGUGAUGUGUCGCUUCAGGCCGCUGAACGAGGCCGAAAUCAACCGAGGAGACAAAUACGUCCCUAAAUUCAAGGAGGAGGACACGGUGGUGAUCUCGAGCAAACCAUACAUGUUUGACCGAGUCAUGCCCCCCAACACGACGCAGGAACAAGUGUACGACCACUGUGCCAAACAGAUCGUCAAAGAUGUGCUGGGCGGUUACAAUGGGACGAUUUUUGCAUACGGACAGACGUCAUCUGGGAAGACUCACACCAUGGAGACAUGAAUGAGCACAGCUCUCGGAGCCACAGCAUAUUCCUCAUCAACAUCAAGCAGGAGAAUGUUGAAACGGAGAAGAAACUGUCGGGUAAGCUCUACCUGGUCGACUUGGCUGGCAGCGAGAAGGUCAGCAAGACUGGAGCUGAGGGAGCCGUGUUGGAUGAGGCGAAAAACAUCAACAAAUCUCUGUCUGCACUGGGGAAUGUCAUCUCAGCACUGGCUGAGGGAACGAAAACCCAUGUACCGUACAGGGACAGUAAGAUGACUCGGAUCCUGCAGGACUCUCUGGGAGGAAACUGUCGCACCACCAUCAUCAUCUGCUGCUCGCCAUCCGUCUACAAUGAGGCUGAGACUAAGUCCACGUUGAUGUUCGGACAGAGAGCAAAGACUAUCAAAAACACAGUGUCUGUUAACCUGGAGCUGACAGCCGAGGAGUGGAAGAAGAAAUAUGAGAAGAAGAAAGAAAAGAACAAGAGUCUAAAGAACAUCAUCCAGAAGCUGGAAGCUGAGCUGAACCGCUGGAGGAACGGGGAAAAUGUUCCUGAGGAGGAGCAGCUGAGCUCUAAAGAUCCGAGGAGCAUUGAGCAGAACGACAACACUCCUAUCAUUGACAACCUGCCACCGUCUGCAGGAGGCGUUUCCAACCAGGAGAGGAGGAAAUACGAGGAGGACAUCAGCAAUCUGUACAAACAGCUGGACGAUAAGGAUGAUGAAAUCAACCAGCAGAGUCAACUCGCAGAGAAGCUCAAAGAGCAGAUGAUGGAUCAGGAGGAGCUGCUGGCAUCCACACGGCGGGACCACGAGAAGAUCCAGGAGGAGUUGUGCCGGCUGCAGAUGGAGAACGAACUGGCCAAGGAAGAGGUGAAGGAGGUGCUGCAGGCGCUGGAGGAGCUGGCCGUCAACUACGACCAGAAGAGCCAGGAGGCGGAGGAGCGGGAGCAGGUCAACCAGCAGCUGACCGAGGAGCUGCAGCACAAAACGGUGCUGCUGACAGUGGUGCAGCAAGAACUGAGCCAGCUGCAGGAGCUGAACGCUCUGCAGAGGAAACGAGCUGCCGAGGUGCUCAACUUGCUGCUGCGAGACCUCCACGACAUCGGAGCCAUCAUUGACAGCAGCGACGUCAAGAUGGCUGCGACUUUAGAGAUGAAGGGGAAUGGCUCUGCCAUGGAGGAGGAGUUCACCGUCGCUCGGCUCUACAUCAGCAGGAUGAAGUCAGAGAUCAAGUCUCUUGUGAAUCGUGGCAAGCAGCUGGAGAGCGCUCAGGCCGAUGCCCACCGCAAAAUCCAGGCCAAUGAGAAAGAGCUGGCCUCCUGUCAGCUGCUUGUAUCCCAGCACCAGGUUAAGAUCAAGUCUCUGACCGACUACAUGCAGAACAUGGAGCAGAAGAAGAGGCAGCUGGAGGAGAGUCAGGAUGCUCUGAACGAAGAGCUCGCCAAGCUUCAGGUUCAAGAAAAAAGGCAUGAGAUGUCAGCGGAGGAGAGCGUCAGCAGUCCAAAUGGAAAUGGGGACGUGAAGAAAACGCUGGAGGAGCAGCUGGAGAGCCACAGGGAGGCACAUCAGAAGCAGCUCGGACGCCUGCGGGACGAGAUCGAAGACAAGCAGAGGAUGCUGGAUGAGCUCACAGAUCUGAACCAGGGCCUGAUCCUGGAACAGGAGAGACUCAUGUCUGACCAUGAAAAACUGAAGGAUGAAGAGCAGCAGAAGGAUGCAAAGCUUCAGAAGCUCAUAUUGCUGAAUGAACAAAGAGACCAGGCCAGAGAGGACCUGAAGGGUCUGGAGGAGACUGUGGCCAAAGAGCUGCAGACUCUGCACAACCUGCGCAAACUCUUUGUUCAGGACCUCACCGCACGAGUUAAGAAGAACGCGGAGCUGGAUUGUGAGGAGGGUCUUGGAAACGUCGCUCAGAAACAGAAGAUCUCCUUCCUGGAGAACAACCUGGAGCAGCUCACCAAGGUCCACAAGCAGCUGGUGCGAGACAACGCAGACCUUCGCUGUGAGCUGCCGAAGCUGGAGAAACGUCUCCGAGCCACAGCUGAGCGAGUCAAAUGUUUGGAGAACGCCCUGAAGGAGGCCAAGGAGAACGCAAUGAGGGAUCGUAAACGUUACCAGCAGGAGGUGGACCGCAUCAAAGAAGCUGUCCGAGCCAAGAACAUGGCCCGAAGGGGAUACUCGGCACAGAUCGCAAAGCCGAUCAGACCGGGCCACCACCCACUGUCAUCACCCAUCAUCAGCUCCGUCAGAGCUGGAGGCAUCUCCACCCACAGCAACUGAAACCACAACAAGAAGCCCUGCCAAUUGUGAACACCUUGGCUGCAUGUCCAUCACCGCCUCACAGGUAACCACAGCUUCAACCCCCUUCAUUCGCUGCACCAAUGGUAGGCCUUCGUGACGGACCAUCGUCACUGAGAGAAAUGAAUGUAAUGUAAAUACUGAUGGAAUGAACAUUUCUUAUUUUUGCUCAGCAAAGACUUCCAUGCUUUAUUUCACAUAGUUUUCAUUCUUGGUACAGAAUGUAUAACUUUGGUUCAUGACUGAAUCAAACAGUCAUAGUUAAGUGAUGUAUUUGUUCCUAAAGGAUCAUUGCUGUAUGAUUUGUCUUUUUAUAGCAGAACUUGUGAGUUUCUCUAUGAUAAUGUUGGAGUAAAACACUGAAACAGGUGGAAAUUGAACAGAUUUAACAGCAUAUUUGUUUAAUCCAGUUAUUUUCUCUGUUCUUUUUUUAUUAACCACUUGCUAUAAUCCUCUACAGUUGACAAUCCUAAAAAUCAAACAGUAUAAGGCUUUAAAUAUUCAAAUACAAAACUGUAUCAAGUUUGGGCCUCUAGGUUUUUCUUGACUCAUGCAUGUUUAUAGUGGGAGGAACAUUGACCAACCAAUCAGAUGUUGUCUACACUUUAAACUGCAGGUGUUCUCAUCUCUAAUUUAAGUUUAUGUAAUGAUGUUAUUUAUUUUCCCAUGAUUCUGCACAGAUUCUGCUCAGCUCCUGAUCAGCCAGUUAGAGGCAGAAGCAGAAAAAAAAAACAUUGUUUUGGUUUAAAAAAAUGGUAUCAGUACAUAAUACUGCCUGGUACUUAAAGGUACAUACCUGGUACUUAAACUUGUAAGUACCUGGUACUUGUAUGGUACCUACAAGGUAUGUACCUAGUAUUUAGUGGGUAUUUACUGGGUACAUAUUGGUACUUGAUAUUUAACACUAAUCCUUAGAGGGUACUUAUUUUUACUUAUUCUGUAAGUAGCUUAACUUAGAGGGCAAUUAUGUUCCAAAUGUACCUGGUACUUGCAGGGAACGUACUGGGUAUUUUAUGUAUUGCUAUCCAAAAAUUAGACAUUCAUCUUGAUGAUUAACCCUCUGACAGUUUUUUUUUCUAUUGUAUGUUUUAGAAAUCCUCAGAACAACAAGCUUCCUCUAAGUGUUUAAAAUAACAAACAUACUGUAUUUAUGUUUUACUUUAGUCUGCGUGAAAAAAUAACUUUAAACACCAAAAAGAUUGUAGUCAAAAACACGCCUUCUGAGAUAUUAACCUUCUUUUGUUGUUGAAGAUACAUUAAUAUCUGACCAGUAAGUGAAUGCAAGUGCAUGGAUAGCAGCUUCUAUUAAAGGCAUGCUCAGGGAGAGCAGUUUAGAUUUGUUGUUACAUUUACCUCGUUACACAUGUGGUAUGGGUUUGAUUAUUUCACUCAUUUGACCUCAUAAAUCUGCAAAUAUUGUCUUUUCUGUUUUGUCAAAAUGAGAUAAAAAUAAAUCUUACUGUCUUGUA